CAGACUCAGUGAAUGAACGCUAGCCUGGAGUGAGUGCCUCGAUAAUUAUCUGGAUUCUGUUGCGUUGAUGAAAUAACCUUUAAAAUCCACGCUUUGAAACCGAAUUGACGUUCAACUCCUAAACCGAAAUAACCGUAGGUCAUUUAGUCAGGGCAUCCAGCUGCCGUCCACCGAGCAGACGCGAGUCUUCAGCGGACUGAUCUCUCCAUGUCCUCCGCGGAUGUGUCGCAGCAGAGCCGGCGCUGCUGUGUUUUGUCGUGGGAGCAGGUGCAGCGUCUGGACUCCAUCCUGGGAGAAUGCGUCCCGAUCCACGGCCGAGGAAACUUCCCUACACUCUCCGUUCAGCCACGGCAUAUCGUGCAGGUGGUGCGGGCUCGUCUGGAGGAGCGAGGCGUAGCGGUGCGUGAUGUGAAGCUGAACGGCUCAGCUGCCAGUUAUGUGCUCCACCAGGACACUGGCCUGGGCUACAAAGACCUAGACCUGAUCUUUGGCCUGAGUCUGACUGACGACAGGACCUUCCGUCUGGUGAAGGACGUGGUCCUGGACAGCCUCCUGGAGUUCCUGCCCGCCGGUGUGAGCCGGGACCGCAUCACUGCCCAGACCCUGAAGGAAGUGUAUGUGCAGAAGCUGGUGAAGGUUUGCAACGACACGGACCGCUGGAGCCUCAUCUCACUUUCUAACAACACUGGCAAGAACGUGGAGCUGAAGUUUGUGGACUCCCUGCGACGGCAGUUUGAGUUCAGCGUGGACUCUUUUCAGAUCGGCUUGGACUCGCUGCUGCUUUUCGACCGCUGCUCCGAGACGCUCAUGUCCGAGAGUUUCCAUCCCACUGUGGUCGGAGAGAGUAUGUACGGAGACUUUAAAGAAGCGCUGGGACACCUACACGCUAAAAUCAUCGCUACGCACAGUCCAGAAGAGAUCCGUGGCGGCGGGCUCUUGAAGUACUGCCACCUGCUGGUAAGCGGUUUCCGUCCAGCGUCCGAGACGCAGAUGAAGGCGCUCCAGCGCUACAUGUGCUCACGCUUCUUCAUCGACUUCCCCGACAUCAAUGAGCAGCAGAGGAAGCUUGAGGCGUACCUGCAGAACCACUUUAACGGCAUGGAGCACAAGCGUUACGAUUGCCUCGUGACUCUCCAUCGCGUGGUGGAUGAAAGCACCGUGUGUCUCAUGGGCCACGAGCGGAGGCAGACGCUCACGCUCAUCUCCUCUCUGGCACUACAUGUGCUGGCCGAACAGAACGCCAUUCCUGCGCUGUCUAACGUUACGUGUUACUACCAACCAGCGCCCUACGUCAGAGACGUCAACUUCAGCAACUACUAUGUAGCACAUGUGCAUUCGCCAAUUUCCACCUGUAACAACUCCUAUCAGACAUGGCUGCCUUGUAGCUGAGCCAUAAAGGGACGAAAACACUGCUGGGGAAUAUUUGCAGUUUUCAGAUGAUGUUUGGUUAAAAUCCUCAGACUUUCCAGGGGGAAUCUCAUUAAAACAUGUUUGAUGUCACAACUCACAGAAAAAGAACAUACUGAAUAUUUUGCAUUAAGAAAU